AUGGCAGCAUCCAACUCUCCAGGUAUCCAGACCCUUCUCGAGGCCGAGAAGGAGGCCUCCAAGAUUGUCCAGAAGGCCCGCACCUACCGCGUCCAGAGACUCAAGGAUGCUCGUGCCGAGGCAGCAAAGGAGAUCGAGGAAUUGAAGGCAUCCAAGAAUGAAGCCUUCCAGAACUUUGAGCAGGAGCACGCUGGAUCAUCGGAUCAGACAUCGCACCGUGUCGAGGUUGAGACGGAGCAGAAGCGCGUCGAGAUUGAGGCUGCAUUCGCCAAGAACCGCGGGGCUGUCCUCGACAAGCUGCUCGACACUGUCUUUACCGUCGAGCCCAAGAUCCACCCCAACGCGCGCUUCAACUAG